GGCGGCGGCGGAAGGAGGAGGAGCUCCGGCUGCGCUCUCUCCCUGCAGUGGCUGCGCGUCUCAGCGCUUGUCUGGUUCCCACCCCUUUUAAAUAAGCCGGUCUGGUCACCGCCCUCACAGACUAGUUGGCUCCGGGGAGGCGGCGGCGGCGGGGGUGCGGCCGGGGCCGGACCCCUGCCCGGGGCCCGGCGGCUGGGCGGACAGGAGAGCGGCGGGCGAAGUCGCUCGCGUCUGCAUGUGCGGCACAGCCCCGGCAUAGCCUGGGGCUGCCAGUGCCCGCCGCGCCAUUGUUGGGGGAGGGGGCGGCUUCUGAGCUCGGCGGAGUCGGGGGACGAGCGGAGGCGGCGGCGGCAAGGAGUGAAGGCGCCCCAUGGGGAACUCGCUGUCUUGUUGCCUGUCCCCCAAUGCCAGCCCCAAGUUGGGCCGGCGCAGGGGGUCAGCGGAGCCGGACUGCGAGUCUGAGGUGUACAAGGCGGCGGCCGGGAACGCGGUGGCAGUAGCUCCGGCGGCGGCUACCGUGGAACCCGCCGAGUUGGAUUUCGCAGGUGGCGAAGGCCACCACCUGCAGCACAUCAGCGACCGGGAGAUGCCCGAAGACUUAGCUUUGGAACCAAACCCUUCUGACCACCCAAGAGCAAGCACAAUCUUUCUGAGCAAAUCUCAAACAGAUGUGCGGGAAAAGAGGAAGAGCGACCAUUUAAACCAUGUAUCUCCAGGGCAGCUUACUAAAAAGUAUAGCUCAUGCUCAACAAUAUUUCUAGAUGACAGCACAGUCAGCCAGCCUAAUCUUAGAACCACAGUAAAAUGUAUGACCUUAGCAAUAUAUUACCACAUAAAGAACAGAGAUGCAGAUAGAUCCUUGGAUAUUUUUGAUGAGAGAUUACAUCCACUCACACGAGAAAAGAUUCCAGAGGAAUACUUCGAGCAUGAUCCUGAACACAAAUUCAUUUACAGAUUUGUUCAUACUCUUUUUAGUGCCGCACAGCUAACUGCUGAAUGUGCAGUAGUAACUUUGGUUUACUUAGAAAGGCUUUUAACUUAUGCUGAGAUCGACAUUUGCCCCACUAACUGGAAAAGAAUUGUUUUGGGAGCCAUUCUUCUUGCCUCCAAGGUUUGGGACGAUCAGGCUGUAUGGAAUGUGGACUACUGCCAGAUCCUCAAGGACGUUACAGUUGAGGACAUGAAUGAGAUGGAAAGGCACUUCCUGGAGCUACUUCAGUUUAAUAUUAAUGUUCCUUUCAGUGUGUAUGCCAAAUACUACUUUGACCUUCGCUCCUUAGCAGAUGACAACAACCUGAAUGUUCUAUUCCCUCCUCUUAGCAAAGAAAGAGCACAGAACUUAGAGGCCAUUUCCAGAUUGUGUGACGACAAAUACAAAGACGUGUGUAGAGCUGCUAUGAGAAGGUCUUUCAGCGCUGAUCAUUUCAUUGGUAUUCGGCGCUCCAAUGCCAUCCUCUCUUAAGGGAGAAGUGAGGGGUUGUAACAUCAUAAACCCCUCGAAACAAAGACUGGAGAAAUAUCACCUCUCCUGCUCAGAAACCAGCAAAGUUAGUAUUUUCACCUUAAAGAAAGACAUUGAAUUCAAGAGACUCAUGGACAAGCGAAGAUUAUGCUCAUAGGAAAGAACGGGACCUCGUCAAUGUAACACGCUCUUCUGUCCUUUUUAUUGUAAACAGAGUUACAAAAACCACUCCAAAGCUAAAAGCUCCCAAUCCACGCACAGAUAUCUGCUCCCAAUCCACACACAGUUAUCUGAUAGCUGUGAACUAUGUGAGGUUUUUUAAUUAAUAGUUUAAAUUUUUAGACUUUAAAGACACUAACUAUAUAACUUUUAUGUUUUUCUUACCUCACUGUCCCAUACUGCUGCAUAUUCCUUUAGAAUCAGUGCAGUAUUACCAUCAAAAAAUGGGACUCCAAAAAAAAAAAAAAACAAAAACAAAAAAACGAAAAAAAAACAAAAAACAAAAAAAAAAACAACAAAAAAACAUGGGACUCCUAACAACUCAUAAAGCCAAACUUCGGAACAGACUGUUGUAGCAUCGUUAGGUUUUGCAGGGUUCUUCCUCCCUACUAUAUCAUUGAAGCUGCUAGUCAUUGUUGGCAAUCAAUUUAAACCAAAAAGCUGCUGAAUAACACAUGUCAUCCAAAUUCUUUGCAGGCAGUACUUAUUAGCAUAUUAGCAUGUUUGCGAUCAUAAACAGAGAAAGUAGGUUAUUUCCUUCUAUUGGGUCCGUGCUGCAUUUCUUGUUAACUAUAAUGGUGCUUCUGAUUUUGUGAUGAUUUUCCUCUUUGUUAUAUACUUGUAUUAAAGGAUAUUUUCAUAAUUCCAGCCAACAUGGUGGUCCAGUAAUUAACAAGCCGGUGAUGAAAUAGAACGUGUCCCAAAAGUCUUAGAACAAUUUUAAGCUUUAAUAUAGUGUGCUUGGAUAACUCCAGAACACUGUCGCAGAAGUAUAAAUGCUAGACUGGCAAAACAUCACUUGAAACUUUAAUCGAAUUUCUUCUAAACUCAUUUACUUUUGUACAUUUUAAACAUUAAGCUUUUUUUUUUUUUUUUUUUUUUUUUUAAAUUAAUUUAUUUAAUGGCGUGUUGGGUCGUUUCUGUGUGAGGGCUUUCUCUAGUUGUGGCAAGCGGGGGCCACUCUUCAUCGUGGUGCGCGGGCCUCUCACUGUCGCAGGCUCUCUUGUUGGGGACACAGGUUCGAGCCCUGGCUUGGGAAGGCCCGUGAGCCACAAUUACUGAGCCUGCGCGUCUGGAGCCUGUGCUCCGCAACAAGAGAGGCCGCGAUAAUGAGAGGCCCGCGCACCGCGAUGAAGAGUGGCCCCCACUUGCCACAACUAGAGAAAGCCCUCGCACAGAAACGAAGACCCAACACAGCCAUAAAUAAAUGAAUACAUAAAUUUUAAAAAAUAAAAAAUAAAACAAUAAACGCUUAACGUUUAAAAUUUACAAAACUAAAUGAGUUUAGAAGAAAUUUGAUUAAACUUUCAAAUGAUGUUUUGUAAGUUUGUGGCAUUUAUACUUCUACAAGUAUCAAAGCUUAAAAUUGCACUAAGACUUAAGGGGAUACCUCCCCUCCUCUUUUUAAAAUAGUCCUUUGCAAGGCUGGGCUGCUUACCUGCUUGAUCACCUAAGUUUCUUUUUUCUAGAUUUGGUAAAGGAAUUAUGAACAACAGUGUUAAUUCACAUGUAAUAAAUUGAACUGGACCCUAAUAGUAGGGACAGGAGAGUAAGUGAUACGAAACAGCUUUUCUAUCCUGUGUGUUAACCUGGCUAUAGGUGUCUCACUUCAAGUUCUAUUUAAGAGGAAACAUAUAAACCUUAGGAACCCUUACCUCAGGCUUUAAAAGGCAGGGAGGUCCAGUCCAGUAAUCAGUCUUUUUGGAGAUUGGUAACGAUGUCACCUAAACUUGAAAUAUUAAAAAAAAAAAAAAAAAAAGUGUUCUCAACUAUGUGAAAUCUUUCUCCUCCUACCUUCUCAAAUGUAAUCCUAGGAAUUUUGCCUGUAAACAAAGCAUCUCUGGGCCAGAAGUACUUUCUCUCUUUAUAGCAAGGCUUCACAUUAUACUGAGUGCUGCAGGUUCCAUCAUUUUUAAGGGACAGAGACAUAAAUGAUAAAUUAUGGUAUAUAAAAUACUACAAUCUACCACCUCAAAAAAUAUUGUUUAUGGAGUUUGGAGCUUGGAAAUUCAAGUACUGAUUGCAGUUUUAUUUUGAAAAGAAUGCUACAACUUAUGUGGUUUUUCUGCCUCAUGUUUAUAUUAAAAGAAAAGCUAAUAAACUAUUUUAAUUAAAA